AUGUCAAGCGUAAAAAAUAGAGUAAAACUAUUUGAAAAACCAAAAGAAAUUAACAAUAAUAUCACAAAUAAAGCGAAUAGUACCACCAGUAAAAUAAACAUUAACAAAUUCAAUACAAAUAACAAACUUACUUCUAACAAAGUUAAUAUUACCACCACUUAUAAUGCCUCUAAUAAUAAAUUUAAAACUAAACACUCUGCUGGUAACUAUAACACUAAUGAAAGCGAAAACAAAGCUGAUAAUAAAAUCAUUGCUGGCAAUAAUAUUAUUGUCAAAAAUAAAGAUGCAAAAGUGAUAUCUUUAGAUUUUUCAGAAAAUGAUUUACAAAAAUUAUUAUCAAGUCCUGAUAUUAAUAAUAUAGAUUCAAAAGAUUUGUUAAAAGCAGCUACUGUGGUGAAAGUACCCCCAACCCCUAAUCCUGCUGCUGCUGUAAUAACUUUAUUAGCCUCAAAAAUUUCUGCUUUAGAGGGUGAAUUAGAAACUGUUGGCAAAGAGAUGGCUGAAAAUAUUAAACGUGAAGUAGAUUUAGAAAUGGAAUUGGAUAAUGUUGUAACACAAAAAGAAGAAGAAAUACAGGUUGCUACUAAGCCAUUGGUUAUUAAAAUAAGUCAACUGGAAGCUGACAUAUUACAAUACAAAAAAAUGAAUUCUAUUUCUUCAUUAGAUAAUAUCCCUUCAAAGAAGCAAAGAGAUGAACAAGGUAAAAUAUUGGACGAGCAUCAAAAAGGAGCACAGGUAUUUAUAAAAGAUAUGGCGUCAGAAAGAGAGCAAUGGAGACAAAAAGAACAAGAUAUUAUACUAAACCAUGAAUCAAUUGAACUAAAAAUGAAACAAAAAGAAUCAGAAUUAAGCGCUGUACAAGAUGAAUUGAUGCGCACAAUUAAAGAGAAACAAACUAUGAAACAGAAAUUGAGGCUAAUUGAAAAUGAAUUAGCAAAAACAAUAGAUGAAAAGAGAAAACUUUCAGAUCAAUUAAUAGAUACAAAGAGACAAUUGGAUAAAUUUAAAGAACAAAUAAAAUCGAUCAAAUUAAUGGAAUCAGAAGUGCUUCAACAGCAGCUUGAAACUUUAAAUAAAAAACUUUCUGAGAAAGACGAUGAACAACACAAUCUUACUCAAACACUUGAAAAAGCAACUUUACAAACAGAAAAAACUGUAGUAGACAAUGAAGCCAAAUUCAAUGCAUUAACAAAAGAUCAUCAGAAAACAUUAAAUUCAUUACAAAAACAGCAUGAAGAUGAAAUAAAAAAGAUUACAGAUCAAUUGAUAGAGGAGAAACGUAUAACUGAAAGAAAAGUCAAAUCUCUAGAAAUGAAACUUGAAGAUGUAAGUAGAUAUAAUCUUGUCUUUAAUAUCAGAGAAUUGGAAAAUUAUUGUUAA